AUGAGUGAACGCGAGAACCCGAGCAGUUCCGGGUCUGAGCAAGACAAAGGAGAGAGAAAUAUGAAGAUUCCCUCGCAACCAGUUCCUACUGGGUCAAGUAAUCGCAGUUACUUUGCUAAUGAGCCUCUUCAGUUUAGAGUUAAAGGUUCAACAAUAACUGGUGCCUCGCCACCAAAAUUUGUAACUUUAGAGGAUAUCAUGAAAGCUGCCCAUGGCAUGCAAAAUAUGGCAUUAGCUCAUGAAAUUGCUGUUGAUCAAGAUUUUAAAUUGGAACCAUUUGAACCUCCAGACAAUAGCUAUCAAAAAUUAGUUAAAGAAACAAUGCAUAAAGCUUAUUUCGAUAUUCUGAGAGAACAGCUAACCUCAGACCCUCCUGAAUAUAAGCAAGCUCUUAUCUUGUUAGAGGAUGUGAAGCAAGGCCUCUUCUCAAUUUUACUUCCCCGUCACAAACGCAUAAAAGAUAUGAUUGAAGAAGUUCUCGAUGCUGAUUUUAUCAAACAACAAGCAGAAAACAAUAGCUUGGAUUUUCAAAAAUAUGCAACAUUUGUUAUUGAUUUGAUGGCCAAACUUGCCGCACCUGCCAGGGAUGAAAUGAUACAAAAUAUCACUACUAUGACUGACACUGUAGACAUAUUCCGAGCAAUUCUAGAAACAUUAGAAGUAUUAAAGCUGGAUCUCGCCAACACUUUAAUAGCUAUGAUUAGACCACAUGUACAGCAGGAAAGUGUGGAAUAUGAGAGAGCAAAAUUUGAUGAAGUGUUGAAAAUUUCUGAAGAUGGCUUGCAACACACCAGAGAAUGGCUUUUGCGACAUAUAGAUAAAUCUGAAUUGAGUCUUCCCGUUACUGAUGCUAUUGUUAUAAGAAACGUCACUGCGCAAACACUAGCUAAAGCAUAUUUAGAAUUAUUGGAGUGGGAGGAAUCGAAAAGUUAUCCGGAGACAAUUCUUAUAGAUAAGCCCCGUUUUACUGAGCUCGGUGUACAAAUAUACCGUCUAAUUUGUGUUGCCUCGCUCUUACUAGCGAGUCCUUCAGUCGCCGGCGACUCCCAAACUCAACACAAACAGGAUCUUAAAGACAGAAUAUUUAUUAUUUUAGGCGAUACUAGCAAUGAUAUAGAGCUAAAAGCCAUAUUGCCAUCUGUUGCUGAAGAAGUCAUAUUAGUGACAGAACAACUCUUAGAAGGAUUAAACCAAGAACCUUUGCCGAGUGACACAAAGGAAAUGAUAAGAAAUCAGAUAUUAUCCCUCAGAGAUCCUGAACACAAAGUCAGACAAAUAGUCCGUCAAAGAAUCCUCGAAUUUCUCAAAAUGAUUUUGGUAUGCGCGGGUGGGUCUCGCCAAAUACCAGUGGGUCUCUCUGCAUUCACUAAAGAACUAACUUCUGUGUCCGGAACUCUCCUGCGUUAUGUCAUGCACAAUAAAGCUGUCUUCACAAAACAUUACAUGGAUAUUAUCGAAGAAGAACUAAGCAAAGCU